GCUGCAUAUUAAUGAACUGCGUCAACGGAAGGCCGAGGUGUCAGGCGAGAGGAGGCCGGUGUUCAGCUCCUCCUUCCCGGGAUAUACACUUGUCAGCUGCCCGAGCCCUGCCUCUCGCUAUAUAUACCGGGGACACCGCGCCUGGGCGGCCUGAUUACUGGGGAUCCCGGUGUGUGUUACCUGCCCUCCCCAGACAAGGCGGAGGACACCCCCUUUAAUCCAACCAUUUCCUGGCAGAAGAGCCCCCAGAUUUAUCAGCCGCUCGAUGGGGAUUAACAGUGCAUCACCUGUGUGUGUCGCCUUCCCAGCCUGCCACCGCCUGACCAAGAAUUUUACCACUUCUUCUAUAGAAAUUAUGAAACUGGUAUUAACUGAAUGGCAAUUAUGGAUUUUUAACUCUAAUUCACAGUAAACCAUUAAGCCAUAUGAUUGAAUUAGCACCAAAUCCCGUUCUCUCCUGCGCACCCUCACAAAGCUGCGGAGGCCCCUGCACUGCGGAGUCAAAAGUAUUACUUGCACGAGGAACGUGUGGCAAGCUGAACAAAGAAGUCUUUAUUUAUCUUUGCAGAUAUAUAGUAUUAAUAUUUAUAUAGAGCCUCUAAGAAUUAUAUAGAUCUAUUUUUGUGGUGAUGAAGAUGGCCCCUCAGAGCGCCGAAUCGGAAUCUAUGCAAGUCCAGGACCCCACCAUGGCCAAGCUGAAGAAGGACGAGCCCAAAGAGACCGAGAGUCGGGAUGAGACCAUUAGCGAGGUCUCUAUUGACCGUAUCCCGACCCGCCUCUGGGUCAUGCAUGGCGCGGUGAUGUUUGGUAGAGAGUUUUGCUACGCUAUGGAGACUGCACUGGUGACACCGGUUCUGUUGCAGAUUGGUCUUCCUGAACAGUACUACAGUCUGACGUGGUUCCUAAGCCCCAUUCUUGGUUUGAUAUUUACUCCUCUUCUCGGCUCAGCUAGUGACCGCUGCACUCUUCGAUGGGGCCGCCGGCGGCCCUUUAUCCUCGGCCUCUGUAUCGGAGUUUUGUUUGGAGUUGCACUUUUUCUCAACGGCUCUGUGAUUGGUCUUGCCAUCGGAGAUGUCCCGGAGAAUCAGACCAUUGGCAUCGUCCUGACAGUGCUGGGCGUGGUGAUCUUAGAUUUCUGCGCCGACGCCACAGAGGGUCCUAUCCGCGCCUAUCUGCUGGACGUUGCGGAUACCGAAGAGCAAGACAUGGCGCUCAACAUUCACGCCUUCUCAGCCGGCCUUGGUGGUGCCAUCGGAUACAUGCUCGGCGGUCUCGACUGGACUCAGACUUUCCUCGGAUCCCUGUUCAAGUCUCAGCAGCAAGUCCUCUUCUUUUUCGCAGCCAUCAUUUUCUCCGUGUCUGUCGGCCUUCACCUCUUCAGUAUCGAAGAAGAACAGUACAGCCCUCAGCAGGACCGCCUGGAGGAUGAAGCCGACACCCUGUCCAGCAUGAAACUUAACAGCACCCUGGCGCCCAUGUCCCGGCUGAAUGUCAUCAACGAAGAAGACCCCUACAACUCCUUUCCGGACGACGUCCAGUCCGAGAAUGAUCUCAACCUCGACUUUCUCGAAGUGGAUAUCGUAAGGAGCAAAAGUGAUUCUGUCUUACACAUGCCCGACGCCACGCUGGAUUACGAAUCAGAGUUUCUGCAUUAUAUCGAACCCUCCAUCUUCCAGGACUGUUCCUACCCGAACACGCCCCGCAGCACCAGCCAGGAACUCCUCAAAUCCCAAUUCAACCGCCUGUCUGCCUUCCUCAGGGAGAACGAAAGGGAAGAGGAUAUGUUGCUCGAUAAUCACAUUAACGAAUUUAAAGUCCCCAAUGGCGGGGACAUGAUGCAGAAGGAGAACAUGAACGGGCACACCAGGAUAGGCAUGAAGCAGUCCUGCACCGCCAACUCCAUGCGCCGCCGCAGGCACAUGUUCUAUCGCCAGCCCUCUUACACCUUCUCCUAUUACGGCAAAGUAGGGUCCCACCGAUAUCGUUACAGGAGAGCCAACGCCAUCCUGCUGAUCAAGUCGUCCCGCAGCAUGAAUGACAUCUACGACAUGCAGAAGAGACAGCGCCAAAGGCAAAGGCAUCGGAACCAGAGCGGCGCCACCAACUCCAGUGGCGAUACCGAAAGCGAGGAAGGAGAGACUGAGACGACGGUCAGGCUGCUCUGGCUCUCCAUGCUGAAGAUGCCCAAAGAGUUGUUACGUCUUUGUUUGUGCCACUUACUGACCUGGUUUUCCAUUAUUGCUGAAGCCGUCUUCUACACAGACUUUAUGGGUCAGGUCAUCUUUGAAGGUCAUCCUAAGGCACCCUCUAAUUCCACAGAACUACAUCAGUACAAUGCCGGGGUGCAGAUGGGCUGCUGGGGUCUGGUCAUAUACGCUGCUACUGCUGCUAUCUGCUCAGCCUUGCUACAGAAGUACCUGGAUAACUAUGACCUAAGCAUCAAAGUCAUCUACAUCUUGGGGACCCUGGGCUUCUCCAUCGGCACUGCGGUGAUGUUCAUCUUCCCAAAUGUCUACGUCUCAAUGAUCAUGAUCAGCACCAUGGGAAUCGUCUCCAUGAGCAUCUCCUACUGUCCAUACGCCCUGCUAGGACAAUACCAUGAAAUGAAAGAGUAUAUUCAUCACAGUCCUGGGAACUCCAAGCGAGGAUUCGGCAUAGACUGCGCCAUCUUAUCUUGUCAGGUUUACAUCUCGCAGAUAUUGGUGGCCUCCGCCCUUGGUGCGGUGGUUGACUUCGGGAGCACAGUUCGAGUAAUACCUCUGGUGGCUUCUAUAGGCUCCUUCCUGGGGUUUCUCACAGCUACAUUCUUAGUAAUAUAUCCCGAAGUCCCAGACGAGAACAAGGAGGAACCCAAAAGCCAGGUUGCCCCAGAAGCUGCCAUCACUAAUGGACUGGAUCCCGAGAAGCCUCUGGUGCUGAAGCUUUCCCCCAAAGGGCAGACAACGGUUCCUCCAGAAGUAGAAAGCGAAUCGGCAGUCUGAGAUGGUGCUUUAGAAGAAGAAAAAAAAAAAAAACCCUAAGAAAGUCACAACACAUUCCAGACCAUACAGACCCACCAAUGGAAACAGAACAGCGGGUGAACGUCUAGACUGAGCCCAAACCUUAGCUUAGUGAAGUCUAAGCUCGCGUCCAGUCUAAGCCUUGAAAAUUACAUGCAAUUCAUUUAAUUUUCAGAUGGAAAAUUCUGGUUUGACGGAUUUCGCCAUUUUUUUCUGCAUGUGAGGCAAAACGUAUGUUAUAAACAACAAUUAGGUUUCGCAGGUUUUUACGACACUUUGGGUGUACAGACCACUGAUUACAAAAUUUUUUCUAUAGCUUUUCUCUCAAAAUCAUGGAUCAACGCAGCAAUCAAAGUGCAUCUCUCAGCGACACGCCAGGGAUUCACCAUGCGCCAGUCACAUUGGCAGGAGCUUCAAAAGCGUUUGCCCCCAAAUUUAGAAAAAAAAAAUGUAAUUUCUCCUAAAUUGUAAGAUGGAAAAGGCUCCUAGAUCCGUUGAGGAACGUUUCCCGUCUCCGUGGCGUGCCGCUGCAGAUACUCUAAAUAAUUGCAGCCUGUACUCAGUGUCUCCAGACGCCAAGUGAAAAAACUUAUACAUAUUUUUUUACUAGAUUGCUUUUCUUUGAAUUCUCUUUUCUUUUUUGACAUUCUAUAUAUUUUGCGUGCAAACAGUUUGGGUGACGAUUCCGUCCGUUGGCGGGACGCUGUCAGAACACGUAGGCAGUUUGACUUUUGCAAAAAAAAAAUGUGAUUCCUUUUCACUUGACGUCAGGUGUUCUAGAUUUAAAGCAAUACUACUCCAUGUGUCCGGUUCUAUCAUAAAUGGCUGCGAAAUGUUAUAUACUAUAUUGCUCGACUGUAAAAAAAAUAAAAAAUACAUUUUAUACCGCCAUUUACCAUAUACCGCCAUUUUUUAACAAUUUUCUUUAAUGCUACUUUCUUUUUGGGUUGAUUGUGUCUUUUUUUAUUUUUGUUUGCAGGUUAGCAAAGUAACUCAUUGACAGUCCCGGACAUACAGUGUCACACCACAAUAGUGAUAUGUGUGCGCCACAGGCUUGAGGUCUGGACCAUAUCGGCCGGAUUCAGGCAGGGAUGUUGAAUGUGGUUAAAAAAAUGGUGUAAAUGGUAAAUUUAAAAAAAUAUAUAUUAAGCAUCCACGCCUUUUUGGUUCCUCAGUGACGCAUUUUAGGUUUUCUUAAAGUAACAGAAAAAUUUUAAAUGUCACCAUGAUUUUUUUUCUUACAUAAUAUAAAUGCAAAAUGACGAGGAAACGCCCUGCGGGAACCGUCUGCAUUCCAUACUUUAUUUUUUCACCAAAUGGGUAAUUUUUGGGGUGAAAACAGGAGCAGGAGAGGCACUUUAAACCCGCAGCUGUAUAUACCAGUCCAUUAAUAUGUCUCCUGCACAGCCAUUUUGUACGGGUGACUGCUCUAGCGAAAUUGCCGCUUACCAUGAACCAGUGACUCCUGGAAGCUCACCAGGAAGCGCCACGAUCACUUACGACUUAAAGGAAAUCUCCACUCAAAAA